AUGAAGGAAGCAGCGACUGGUGAGGUUGUUAUUGAUGACGUGCAGCCGGACAUUUUCAAGCAACUACUACACUACAUCUACUCUGGCCGGCUUUUGACAGAGCUGACUGAAGAAGCUACAGCUCAGCCUCUGUUCGUGGCGGCCGAUAAGUACGACAUCAACGACUUGAAAGAAGAAUGCGUCCGUUUCCUGCUUACCUGUGUUCGAGUAGAAAACGCCAUCAAUCUCUUGGUAUGGGCGCAUCUUCACUCGGUCGACGAGCUACAGCAAACAGUCGUCUCGUUCAUGACCUUGCAAGGAAAAGAAGUUUGUCAUUUGAAAGAAUGGGAAGAUCUCACCAAGAACUAUCCGGACCUCUGUGUACUGGUAACUCGACGCAUCAUUGAUCGUAUGUGUCUGUUUAUUUGA